AUGACGAGCCAAGAGCGCCAGGCAGCCGCUCUGGCGCUCGUGCGUCGGCUACUGCCGCUUGCCCAGCCGGGCUUGCCAGUCCCCAGUCCCACGCACUUUACGCAGCUCUGCGACGGCAUUGCGCUGUUCGCGAUGCUGCGGCUGGUGGCCCCCAGCUCGUUCCCGCCCACAUGCUCUGAAUCCACCGCGGGAGGCACGGUUGCCUCCUUGAUAGGGCCGAUGCUGGAGGAGGAUUUGCAGCAGCGAGAGCACAACAUGUGCGCGCUCCUCCGCGACAUUGGCGCGUACGCUCAGGAAGCCAUGCACACCACAUCCUCAGCGCCUGUCACGCAAGGACUCGAUCCGGCGGUGCUCGCUGGCUUGCCAGGUGCUGGAGACGACGGUUCCGCCGCAGCAGAAGCGGCGCAGCGGCACCAACUCACGCAACUGGUUGGUGUCACUGUCGCUCUUGUCGUGCUCAGCGGCGUGCCAGCUGUCUUGAGCGAGGUCAAGUCUCUGCCGCGGCAGGAGCAGGUGGUGUUGUCGGAAUGGGUGAAGGAGAUAAUGCGCUCCUACCAGUUGAAGCCUCGUCACCACGCCGCCGCUGUCUCUGAGCAGGGCCCGUCUGGCGUGUCGGCACAUCUUCGCCGGGCACAGAGUCCCCAGCUUGCCAGCAGUGGCUUUGCGGCAGCGUCCCCGAUGGCCACACGGGGCGCCACUGGCUUCUCCCUAUCGCCCUUGUCCCACCGUGGCGCCAGCUCGAACGCCGCCGCCGCAGGCGAGGAGGACGAGGGCUACUACCGCAACGCCACCUACCAGCUACGACAGGAGCUGGCCGAGGUGAAGGCACAACUUGCCGCAUUGCAAGACGCCUACAGGGCGAGUAAGGAGGACAAGGAGAUGGCGGAGGGAAAAUAUCGACUGCUGCUCGGCGAUCAGGCAAAAAUGUCACCCACGCUCGUUGCCACGUCCGCGGCGGCGGCAACAGAGGGCGGCGAUAGCGAAGCCGGGGGCGACAGCGGCAGUGGUAUCCUCUCUGUGUGGCAGCGGCGCUGUGCGCAGAGGGACGAGACCAUUGCGGCCCUAACGGCGCGUGUGGAGCAGCAGUCGUCGCAGGUGACAGCGCUGAAAGAGGCGACAGCUGCCCACGAGAUGGCACUGCAGGCGCUGCGCCGGCGCCUCAAGACAGCGGAGGAAGGUGUCAUGGUGAAGUCAGAAGAGCGACGCGAGGCACUGCAGAAACUCGCGGUAGCGGAGGACAAGCUCGCUGCGCAGAUGAAGGCGCGCUUGGAGCUGGAGACGCAAGUGGAGGAGCUGCAGUCGCGUGUGCUGGUGCUGGAGCUGGAGCAGGACCGGCUGCGUGGGGUCGGCAGCGAUGAUGCCGCCCAGCUCAACACCUCCUUCGCCUCCAACGGGUCGGUUGACCGCGUCCUGGCAUUGGAGAACGAGCUGGAUGAGGCGCGGCAGCAGCGCGACAGCCUGCAGCGGCAGGUUGGCAUUCUGCAGCGCCAGGUGGCCGCCAUGGUCGCUCCCGCCGCCGACGUGUCCACGGCCAAUGAUACGUGGCGGGCUCAGCUGCGCCAGGUCGAGCGAGAGAGAGAGGACCUGCGGCAGCAGCUCACCACCGCCCUGGAGCGCGUUGGCGGACUUCAGCAGCAGCUGACGGCGAGCGGCGCCGCGGCUGCCGUGAUGGACGCGAGUGAUGGCGGUGCCGGCCAGGCUGGACCAGCCAGCGGCACUACGAAUGUGGACGUCAGCAUUAUGAGUGUGGAGGAGGGCAGUGAGCUGGACAUGGGGUUGUUUGACGAAGACGUCGACUCUCCAUGCGGGCGAGACAGGGGUCUCACGCUGUGCAGCAAGACCCACGAAACAGUGUGCCGUGAGCAGGUCAUUCUCUCCUCGCUCCUUCUCCAAUACAGCUACCGCAACCUCCUACUUCAGCAGCACCAGACUCUGCUCCACAAGGAUGCCAUGGAAGCCGAGGCGGCGCGGCGGCGGCAGGCGGAGGAGCACCUAGAGAUUAUGCGGCAGACGCCGACGUCGGUGCUGACGAAACAGCGGCGGGAUGUGGAGCAGGGAUUACUGGAGACGGUGCUCUUGGGGGCAAAGUUGCGCAUGAUGCAAGUGGAGAUUUGA